UUCCUGGAUCAUUUGCUCGUUGCCAUUCAAACUGGAUGGAAUAUACACCAACGUAACCUUUCUGUGCGUGAUCGUGCGACCGUUCUGAACACACUCGUCUUGUCCCGUCUCUGGCCUGUUUUACGUCUUACAGGAGCCCCCAAAAGUUCCUUCUGGAACAAACCCCGGUCCACAUGUAGCCACUUUCUCAUGCAUCGCAGGUUUCCCAAAAUCCAAUAUGACCAUCUUUGUCUUCCCCGCUCUCAAGGUGGACUCCAGAUACUUGACGCAAAACUUCAACAGCAUGCUCUGGUUCUCCGUUAG